UCAAAAGACAGGUUUGAGUUUUACUUGAAGCAUUUUUUUACAAUACAUUUACCACAAAUUUAUUUUCAAGUUCGCAUUUACAACAGUUUCAGAUUUUAAGUAUGUUUUUCUGUUCUGUUGUUGUUCCAGCGAGUAAGGAUCUGGCUCAAACAUCAUACUUCAUGGCAACAAACAGUCUGCACUUGACCACGUUCUGCCUGCAGUACAGUCCUCCUGUGGUGGCCUGUGUGUGCAUCCACCUCGCCUGCAAGUGGUCCAAUUGGGAAAUCCCUGUGUCUACAGACGGAAAACACUGGUGGGAAUAUGUUGACCCCACAGUUACCCUUGAGCUGCUGGACGAGCUCACACACGAGUUCCUGCAGAUUUUGGAGAGAACGCCCAGUCGGUUGAAACGGAUUCGCAACUGGAAGGCUGGAGGUCAGACACCAAAAGUCAAGCCAAAGGUCCAGGAGGAAGGUGACCAGAGGGACACCAUGAUGAGCAUGAUCUCCAUGGCUUCAUCAGAGAGCACUGUGGCAGGCCUGAUGAGCCUCUCUGCUCCACCUUCGUCUUCUUCUUCCUCAUCCUUGGGCGAGAAGGAGAGAGGUACGCCUGGCAGCGCUGCGACUUGGAGCGGUAAAAGCCAGAGUGGAGCAGAGCAGCAGCAGCAGCAACUACAGCAGCAGGCCAAUAACGAGGUCCACGCCCCGGCUAAGGUGUCGCUGAGUGAGUACCGCGCCAAGAACGCAGACGUCCUGGCCGCCCAGAAGCGGAAGCUGGAGAACAUGGAGGCCAGCGUGAAGAGGGACUACGCCAAUGCUGCCCAGGCUCUCAUUGGUCAGCAGCAGAGGAAGGAUAAGCAGCAUCAUCACCAGCAGCAGCAGCAGUCCAGCUCCUCCUCCUCCGACAUGUCCAACCCGUCCCCCAUUAUUCUGAAAAUCCCUCUGGAGAAGGAGAGGCACGACCGUAGCUCUUUGAAAAUGCGCCUCCCCCUCGCUGGCGGAGGUGGAGGAGGAGGAGGCGGAGGCAGCGCGCACAGCGGUAGCGCCCGAAGCCAGGACCAAGACAUCAAAGUCAGAAUACGAGUGCCUGAAAAGCAAAGGGGGAGUUCAGGAGAGGAGGGGAAGAGCAGGGACAAGCACAGGGACCGGUCAAACCACCAUCACCAUCAUCAUCACCACCACCACCAUUCGUCCUCUAGCAGCACCUCACUGUCUUCUUCACAUAAACACUCAUCUAGUUCCAGCGGGGCGUUAGGAAGCAGUAAAAAAGUCCCCAGUGACUCCUCUAGAACGAGCUCUUCAUCCUCCUCUGCCUCGCGCAAGAGAACACACUCCCAAGAUCCCUCGUCAGGAUCUCACCAGGCCUCUAAAGUCAGCAAGUCCUCUAGGAAUCCCUACCAGCUACCGUCCCUGUCUUCCUCUGCGGGGCAAACACUGGGACACGGUCCAGACAUCCUCCCCGCUCUGGGCCUUCCUCACCACCAAGGGAGCUUUUCGCACUCCAAAAGCGACAAGACGGACACUAACGGACACGGCGCGGCAGGCGGGACCCAGUCGAACGAGUACCAGGACACUUUUGAAAUGCUGAACUCACUUCUGAGCGCGCAGGGGGUGCAGCCGUCCCAGCCGUCCAUGUUUGACUACAGAUCCCAGUACGGGGAGUACCGGUACAGCGGUGGCUCCAGAGGGAGUAACUCCAGGCCGCCGCCCCUGCCUUCAGACCCGCCCCCACCACUGCCGCCGCUACCCAAGUGAGACCCUGGUCAGGAGAUGAAUUAUGUACAUUGUACUUGACAUCCAUCUUGUUACAUAGAGUAUUGUAUAAUGAUUUUUUUUUGUUUAAAUACUCACAAAACAUUUUUAUGGGCUUCAGUGUGACAGCAGAGAAAUGUACCAGUGAGAUGAGUUUUUUGUUUUUUUUCUCUCUUUUUACGGUUCACUUGUGGGGCAAUAAUGAGAGGCUUGAAAAGCUUACAAAAUGUGAGAAAAAUAUUUACAGGAAAGUGUACAUACUAAUUUUUCUUUUCUUUUCUGCUUAACUCAAAUGAAAUGUGAUGAUGGGACCUGUUGUUGUUUUUUUUGUUUUUUUGUUACCAUCACAGUUUUUUGAAUGGAAGUCAUUGUCUUUGAAAUCAUGAGGAAAAGAUUUCCAUCACAUAGCUGUCAGGUCUUCUUACCGAUUGUCUUUUUUAUAAUGUUUUUAUAGUAUGUUAUUUAUUAAUUGAAUGCUUUUAAAAACAAAAACAAAAAACAUAGUCUCCCCCCCGCCCUUUUUUUAACCUUAAGGGCCCCCCUCUCUAUUUCGUCAUCAAGACUGUACAGGCUAAUUUGAGAGUGCAUGUCUCCAAAGCCAUCUUUUCAAUAUUUUUUGUCUUUUAAAAAAAAAAAAAACCCAACCCCACCCAUAACCUCCAAAAAAAAGAAAAAAAAUUAGGUGAUAGCCCCAAACCUUGGUGUUAUCUAUUUUUGUUUCUUGCAUUAUUUGGUAAACUUGUACAAAGGUUGUAAAAUGUUUAAAACAUGAAAUAUUUUUUACAUUUUGUUAUGGAAAAAUUGCAAAAAAGAUGUAAAUUAACGAAGCUUGUACUUUUUUUUUUUUUUUCUUUUUUCUGAUUUUUAAGUGUUGCAGUCAUUGUUUUAAAUGGUUGUAAAAUAUUAUGUCAGUUCUCUAAUAAUUACACUAAUGGACAAAGUUCAUACAAAAAGGAUAUACUGUACAUCUAUGGAUCAUAGGGUUCAAAUUAUUAAAACAUAUCUCCUCGGUAUGGUCACAGUGAAGGAAAUGCCAACACACAUAAAAAAAUCCCUCUAGGAAUAAAUGUGAGUUUUUUUUCUCCCUGUAAUGUAACUGUCACUUGUCCAGUUUUUUUGGGUGAUUACAGCUUACAUGCAAAUAUAUAAGACACAAGGCAGCCGACAUGGAUACACAUGAUUCCCAGCGCCCCCACUGUAACCAUGAAACUCUGCCAGAAAAAUAAAAGUUUUAACUGCCGGUGCUAACUUUGUGGUGACCAUAUUGAGCUCCGCACACAACAAAGUAUUCACGACACACAUUAUCAAAGACUUAGUCACAGGUCUUCUGUCUUUAUGGUCGUCUUUCAUUUUUUUUAUCGAUUCUCCCCUUUUUUGGGGGGGGCGGGUGUUUUUAAAAAGAAGUGUAAAAUCCCAGUGUAUACCUGUGAGUUCAUGCCGAUCUGAUUUUAAUCAUCUUGAAGUUGUCUUGUUACUCCAUAUGCAUCGUUAAAAAACCCUCAAAAAAACUGACUUGAUGGGUUUUUUUUAAUUUUUUUUAUUCCAGUUUCAGAUUGUUUGUUUUAUAAUCCAUCCACGAAGCCAUGAUACAUCAAAAAACAAAACGAAAAAAAAAAGUUUGCAUGUGUUCUUCAGUUGUGUAAAAUCAUCCGCGGCGAGCAGGUUAUCGACAUACCUCCACUACAGGGUCAUAAGCAUGAAGUAUAAUACUGUUUUAAUUUGAAUUAAUGUUUAAAUUUGUGUUGGAGCAAAAAUAAUGGAAGACUGCUAUAUGUUGGGAAGAGAAUCGGGUAUCAUCUGUACAUUUGAUUCAUAUUAAGCUUUACAUGGUUUUUUGAUUGUAUAGUAUUACUGCUUUUAACCUGCUUCUUUUUUUUUUUAAACUUUUGUUUUUAAACCUGUUUAUCAAAAAAAAACUCAUUUUGUUUUUAGGCAGUUCACAGUAAUGCAGUACAACAAAAUCAGCCAUACAACUGUAAAAUGUUCUUUGUUCCUUUUGAUAUAUGGAAGAUACACAGAGAAGAGUGCAGCUCUUUGCUCAGGCAGCAGAGGUUUUUAAAAAGUCAUUUAGUUAUUCCACUCUUGGUUGUAACAGGGAAAAAAGUAAAUGCACUGAAUAUUUAUCUUGGUAGGUUUGCCUACAAUGCAAUUGACAAAGUGUUACAUGUAUAAUGGUGAGACUAUUAGAAUAGAUUUCAAUAUAUAUCAUUGCCAUCUUCGGGGGAAAAAAAUUGUUUUAUUUGAUCUGGACAAAUCCUCCAGUUAAAAAAAAAAAAAAGUAUUAACUUUUAUGCUGUGAGAAAGUCAUACAAAAGGACACACAUUUCAGAUUACACCCAUAUGUGAGAAAUAAAUGGAAGACACUCAUGCAACCUAACAAUGCAAAAAUCACAUAGCUACAAUAAGUUUCAUGUUUUUUUUUCAUGUCUUGGUGUUUUUAGUGACACUCAGGUCUGGAAAUAUAAACGUUUUUUUGGGAUUUCUUUGUUUUUUGUUUUUCAGUUUAAAAUGUUAUAUCUGAACACUGUUCUUUUUUGAUAUAAUGUGGUUGCUUUAUUCCCAAUUAAAGUCAAUAAAAAAUAUUUUAA